UCCAGCUUUCGGAGGCGGGGUCUCCUCUCCUCCCCUCCGCUGCUGCGUCUGGAGUCUGGCCAAAGGUUGAGGGAGGGGCGACAGAGUACUUCCUCGUGUCCUUGGAGUGUUGGCGCCCGGCAGGACAAGCACAGGACUCGCCAUGAGGGGCUUGUUGGUGUCCCACUCCCGGACCUUGAUCCGAACCUUCAGCUCCAGUAGCAGAAACUCUGUGAAUAAAAUAGCAGAAAAACAAAAACUCUUCCAGGAAAACAAUGAUCUCCCAAUCUACCUGAAGGGUAAAGGUACAGAUGGCCUCCUGUUCAAAUUUACAAUAUUAACAUGCUUUGUAGGCACUUGCUACUGUUUCUACUGCCUCGGCUGGGCCUCCUUCCCCCACAAGAAGGAAGACUGAACACCAGGAUAGGGCAGAAGGGGAGAGGCCUGGCAGGGCCUGGAGCAAGGGUUAGGGUUGGACAGAAAUAAAUGCCUUCGCUGGGAGAAAGCUAA